AACCCAUCAGCAACAGCAAAAAAACCAGAAAAUACAAUAAAAAUAACUGACAUAUAUCCUUCUUUAACUCUAAAUUGCUUAGUAGAAGCAGGAAAAUCUUUAUUGGUGGCAUGGCUGCACGAGUUAGCCAAGUGUAGGGUAUUAACUCAAGGUUAACUAACCCAGCUCAAAACUCUCUAACCACAUGUAUGGUUAAAGUUAAACCCCACGAGGCCAAGAAACAUGCUCUAGUGAAGUGGCCUCUCCUCUCCUCUAUUCUCUUGUCUCGGCUUUGUGCGUUAUUUUAAUGCCUUGCACUUCCACUCCUCCUUUCCCGUUGUCUCUCCUUGUUUUGGUAAACCACUUUUGGUCACCAAAAUACACUUCUUUCAAUUUCCAAAGUCCCAAAAUCUAAACCAGGGUAGGAAAACAAGAGAGGCCUAGCAAGCGAACAUAACAUAGACCCAUCAUUUCUCUUCUGACAAGUCUUGCUUGCCUGCAUUCCAUCACAUUUUGUGCUUUCACAUUGCUAAAAGAAGAAGUAAAUGAAGAGGUCUUCAUCUUGCUCCUCCUCCUCCUCCUCCUCUUCACCUUAUUGUGUGGCCUCUGAAAGCAUUCAGAAGCCAAAAGUCAAACGCAUUAGAAAAAACCAAAAGAGCAAUCAGGGGAAAUCCCAGAAGAAUGCUGCUGCUGCCGCCAACAGUCCUAGCUCUGGCAAAAGAAGUUCCAUUUACAGAGGAGUCACCAGACAUAGAUGGACAGGAAGGUUUGAAGCUCAUCUCUGGGAUAAGAGUUCAUGGAACAACAUUCAAAACAAGAAGGGAAAACAAGUUUAUUUGGGUGCCUAUGAUAAUGAGGAGGCAGCCGCACACACCUACGAUCUUGCUGCCCUAAAGUACUGGGGGGCAGAGACAACCUUGAAUUUUCCGAUAGGAACAUACACAACGGAGAUCGAAGAGAUGCAGAGGGUGACCAGGGAAGAGUACUUGGCAUCACUUAGACGGAAAAGCAGUGGAUUCUCCAGAGGAGUCUCUAAGUACCGUGGGGUGGCUAGGCAUCAUCACAAUGGUCGAUGGGAAGCCAGAAUUGGACGAGUUCAAGGGAAUAAAUAUCUCUAUCUUGGAACUUAUAAUACGCAAGAAGAGGCAGCGGCAGCUUAUGACAUGGCAGCAAUAGAAUAUAGAGGAGCAAAUGCUGUGACCAAUUUUGAUGCAGGCAAUUAUAUAGAACGGAUGAGGGAGAAAGGCAUCCCUAUAGACCAAAUCCUCCAAGAACAACAACAACAACAACAACUUGGUAACAACUCGAUUGAUCCCGGCAUAGAAGUAGAGGCAGAAGUUGAACAAACAUCACCGCAACAACAAGAGGAACAAGAGCAAAAAGUAGCCCUGUCGUUGCAAGUUCAAUGCACACAGCUAGAUUCAAGCUUGGAUGGCGCAUCUCCCAUGGUUAUUACGGACACCAUCGAAGAGCACGAGCAAGCAUGGAGCUUUUGUAUGGAUUCAGGAUGGAACCUCACAAUGCUCGAUCUUCCUUUCGAAAAUUCUUGCGAGCUGCCGGACUUGUUCAAUCAUACAGGGUUCGAAGACAACAUUGACUUGAUGUUUGAUGCAUGUUGCUAUGGAAACUAAUAGCACAGGAGGGGUUGAAGAGGUUGGUGGUGCAAGGAGCAUGGAGCGGACGGACAGGUUGUUGUCUGACUCUGUUUCAAGUUCUCCAACUUGCUCAACGACCACCUCAGUUUCUUGUAACUAUUAUGUUUGGAUUUUUUUGGACUUUGGAGGCCGAGGAUUGUUGAGGUUUGUUUAGAUUUUGUCUUGUUAGUUCUUGUUUAGGUGGAUGCGAAUAAAAAGGCUUGAAAGAUUCAUAGUGUUUUUUGUA